CUCUCCAACAAUAGAAAGUGGUACGUACCAUCACAGUCUCUACGAUAGGUACAUUUCCCUACGAAGUCAAGAUUAUUUUUUCUACUUUGCAUUAAUAAAACACAGUUUAUUCACGUUUGGAUCAAUAUGUGUGGAUGAAUUGAUCUGAACAUCGGUCGUCAGCUCAACUUCACCCGUUGGACUGUCGGUUGCAUUAGAUUGUGCCCUCAGGAUCCCUUUUGAAGGAGAAUUGUGCCUUAAUCCUUCGCUGCUACCUUUCUAACGGGAUUCAUUUUGCCCCGGCUAUGAUAACCACAGCAUGGAAUGAGGCUGGAUGUUUGAAUUGAUUGAAACAGCCAAGUGCACUGUACUGCAGUAGAGAUGGCAAGAACAUAGGAGGAAUUGAACAAACAUUUAAGGUUAUUUUAUUCAGGAGCAAGUGCCGUUCCUAGAGCGAAGCAAGGGAGAGUGGAGAGAAGAGAGCAGAAGCAAGAGGAAGAGGGAUGGAUGGACCUCCAGGGCUACUGAGAGCUACUUAGCAGUGACAGCCCAUCACAGAAGUAUCGCGCUACAGACACGCCCCCUUUAAGAGAGUCACGCAAGUGUGCAUAUUCUUCUCUUUGUGUGGUAGUUGUGGUCGAGGUAUCCCAGGAUGCCGUUGGUGAAGAGGAAUAUCGAGCCCAGGCACCUGUGCCACACGGUGCUGCCGCGGGCCAUCAAGAAUGAGCUGGAGUGUGUGACCAAUGUAUCCCUAGCUAACGUCAUCCGACAGCUCAGCAGCCUCAGUAAGUAUGCAGAGGACCUGUUUGGGGAGCUGUUCAACGAGGCCCACUCCUUCUCCUUCCGGGUCAACUCCCUGCAGGAGCGCGUGGACCGCCUCUCUAUCAGCGUCACACAACUAGAUCCUAAAGAGGAGGAGUUAUCUCUCCAGGACAUCACUAUGAGGAAGGCGUUUAGGAGCUCCACCAUCCAGGACCAGCAGCUGUUUGCCCGCCAGUCGCUCCCCAUCCCCCUGCAGGAGACCUUUGACCUCUGCGAGCAGCCGCCACCGCUCAACAUCCUCACACCCUACAGGGAUGACGGUAAGGAGGGGCUGAAGUUCUACACCAACCCCUCCUACUUCUUUGACCUGUGGAGAGAGAAGAUGCUGCAGGACACGGAGGACAAGAGGAAGGAGAAGAGGAAACAGAAGCUGGAAAUGCCUUUUCAUGUGUGGCCGGAGGGCCUUAUCAGAGUCCCCUCCUCGCCCCCUCCCCUCCUCGCCCCCCCAGAGUUGCAGGACCCCCGCAUGUAUGAUCAGGUCUAUAGGUACUUAGACCUCCCAGGGCAGGUUAGGGGAAACGAACGUACUCUGGAGACUGAGAAGAUCCCACGGGCGCCUCACGACCGGAAGAAGGAGUGGCAGAAACUGGCGCUCGGGGCGGAGCUAGCUGAGGACGACUCUGAGGAGGCCCUGAAACACAGAGAGGCUAACGGCUCCGCCGCCUACCACGACAGGUCUGGAGCCCCUAAUUACUUGGAUGGGAUGGACGGGCCAUUCUCCCUAGCAGCGCUGCCCUACAGCCAGAUGAAUGAGCUGCUGAACCGUCCUGGGGACAGAAUGUACACACGACCCCAUGACCCCCCACCACCACCCCCCAUGCACCAUCUGGGAGACAUCAAACCCCCCUCCAUGAUCAGCUCCAGUUCAGGUUUUUCAGACAGCAGACCCCAGUCUCCAGCACAGACUCACGGCUUCAACUCCAACACCCCUCCCCCUCCGCCACCCCCCUUGCCCCCUCCACCUCCUCCUUUGCCUUCCAUGUCUGGUUUUGGCCCGCGGGGCACCCCUCCUCCCCCUAUCCCUCCUCUACCCGUCCAGCAGCAGCCCCCGGCCAUCCCCCCUCCCCCUGCCCCUCUCCAGAUCGCCCCUGGCGUUCUCCACCCUGCCCCUCCCCCUGUGGCUCCUCCCCUCCAUGUCUCCUCCCCGGCCCGUCUCCAGCAGGUCCUGGACAGGGGCCCGACCCCUGGUCAAUCAGAUGACACCGUGCUGCCUCCUCCGCCGCCUCCUCCUCCUCUGCCCUUCCCAGGAGUGCGGAGCUCCUCCCCCUGUCCACCGGGCCCACCCGCCGUGCCUUCCUUCCUGUCAGGUGCCAUGGCGUCCCCGCUCUCUCACUCCGGGGGGAAAAAACACUCUGCCAGCCUGCCGCCCAUCAGCGAUGCACGCAGUGUCCUAUUGGAGGCCAUCCGCAAAGGUAUCCAGCUCCGGAAGGUGGAGGAGCAAAGAGAGCAGGAGGCAGCCAAACACGAGCGUGUGGGGAACGACGUGGCCACCAUCCUGUCCCGACGCAUUGCCGUCGAGUACUCCGACUCCGAGGACGAGUCCGAGUUCGACGAGGGAGACUGGAUGGAGUGAAUGAGAUGGAGGGAGAGGAAAAGAGAAGAGAAGGGGACAGAGGGCGAAACCGUCACCCAACUGUACCCCCUUUAGAGAUGUCAGAAUUCAGACGUCCAUCCUUACAACCACUAUCCUCUGUCAGUCCUGUUUUACCCCCUCACCUGUCAUACACUACUCUACUCUACACCUCUCUCUCUGUCGCUCUCUCACCCGCUUUCUCUCUCGCACUCUUUCUCUCUC